CCCUUUAAUGGUUAUAGUUUGGAAUAUUUAAGAUAAACAGAGCCAUCUGGAGGAGUUUUUGCACACACUGCUGCGCAUCUGCUCCACACUGAAACAGCUCAUAUUUACUGAUCUCGUGUUGGCUUGUGAUCUGUUUGGUUUGGUUGCUUUAGAGUUUCAAUGCUGGGGGUCACUGGGCCAGAGGUGAGCGUUCGGACUUCGCUUGUGCAUCCGCGUCCUGACGUGGCACUGUAAGUGUCUAUGUUUAUUUGUUCGCGCUAAUGAUUAACCCCCAGCAGAGCUAUAUAUAUAUAUAUGUUUCAGUGAGGAGUGUGCAUCCCAGCAGCGCUUCGCUCACCUGCGCGUCAUUGGUGCGUCCCUUAAACGUGUCACAACUUUUGAUGGAUUACCCCACUUCUGAGUGCUCAGGUGCGGCUCACUCCUCUCCAUCCACUCGCUAGUGCGCGUCUCUCCGAACUCUGUCAGACUCAAUCGAGCAAAGUCAGCAUGUUCUUGGUGUCGUUCUCGUGGGCGCACCUGUGCGAGCUCGUGUCCGCGGUGCUGCUGUCCACGCUGGUGGUGCUGAGCGCGCUCACGGUGAGGGGAACGAGCGCGGCCGCCACCGGCUGCACGACGUGCGGCAUGCCUGCGAUGGAGAAGGGCACGGAGGAGCGUUACCUGAUCGAGAUGGCCAAACAGCAGAUCCUGAGCAAGCUUCACCUGCGGGAGAGGCCGAACAUCACGCAGACGGUGCCGCGUGCCGCGCUCAUGACGGCGCUGCGCAAGCUCCACGCGGGCCGCGUCAGACAGGACGGAACGCUGGAGCUGGACAAUAACGCGCCAAACUCACGCACGAACAACCAGGCGUACGAGAUCGUGAGCUUCGCUGAUGUCGAUUCCGAGGUUUCUGCCGGCAUCGACACCAGUCUGUCGUUCCAGUUCCUGCAGGAGAAAGGUCACAGCGUCCAGGUGCUGCAGUCGUCGCUGUGGCUUUACGUAAGUCAGACUGACACGCCUCAUCACGGCAGCCGCGUAAACGCAGAAAUCUCCCUGCCGGCGUCGAGCACCGCCAAUCGCACGCUGCUGCUCCAGAGGAGCGUGGAUGUGUCACGAGGCGGAUGGCACACGUUCCCGGUCACCAGCGCCCUGCAGACAUUUCUGGACGGCGGUCAGCGGAGGUUCAGUCUAGAGGUGCACUGCGAAGACGGCGGUCGAAACCUGUGCAGUCGCGAAACAUCAGGCGAAUCCUCCCAUCAGCCGUUCCUAGUUGCACAGGUGCAGUUGCGUGAAGAUGCCACCAAACACUUGCUGAGCAAACGCUCGCUGCGAUGCGGCGACGACGUGAGCGUGUGCUGCAAAAAAGACUUCUACAUCAAGUUCCGUGACAUACAGUGGCAGGACUGGAUCAUAGCGCCUGAGGGCUACCAUAUGAACUACUGCAUGGGACAGUGUCCACAGCAUUUAUCCGGCUCGCCCGGCAUCGCCUCGUCCUUCCACGCCACCGUCUUCAGUCAACUGAAGGCCAACGGCAUCCACACGGCCGUGUCGUCCUGCUGCGUCCCCAUCCAGAGACGACCGCUCUCCAUGGUCUACUUCAACUCGCAGCACACCAUCGUGAAGACCGACGUCCCGGACAUGAUCGUCGAAUCCUGCGGGUGCACAUAAAGAACAAUUAUGUGACUUAAAUUGUUAUUUCAUGCAAAAAUUAGCCUGUGAUUUACUGACCCUCAAUGCAUCCCAGGUGUACCAGUCAUAAGGGAUUAAACAAGCUUUCUAUUGAUGAAUGGUUAGUUAGGAUAGGACGAUAUUUAGCCGUGAUACAACUAUUUGAAUAUCUGCAAUCUGAGGGUGCCAAAAUCACCUUUAAAGUUUUUAGCUAUGCAUAUUACUAAUUCAUUCGUUCUUUCAGACAAAUCCAAUCAGAGUUGUAUAAUAAAAACUGUCCUUGCUCUUCCAAGCUUUAGAAUUGCAGAGGGCAUUUUUUUCUGUUCGACAGUCCAAAAGAAGUGCAAUAAAGCUCAUGCAUCCAUAACGGCUCCAGGGAAAUAAUAAAGGUCUCCUGUAGCAAAUCGAAAUCAGAAACACCCGCCCACUGCAUUUAUAAACCUAGGAAGAGCAAGGAACAUUUGUAUAAUAUUAUUCCAAAAGGAUUCAUCUAAAAGACGAAAGUCAUACACACCUAGGAUGGCUUGAGGUUGAGUAAAGCAAAGGCUUAUUUUCAUUCAAGAGGCGAAAUAUGCUCUAAUCAAGGCUUUCUGUCUAAGCAAAGUUUAUUCGUUAUGGGUUUUUUAUAGAUGUGGAAACACUCAGGGAAAUCAAAGCCACUGUAAAAGCCACACUUAGGCCUGAAUCAGCACGGUUACCCAACAUGACAGUAACAUUUAGAUACUGCCAAACAUCCCAGAAAAGAUCUGACAGCGAAUGAAAAUGGUGCAUUAGUAUCUAAUACAUUUCUCUCACAAUAUAGUUCUCAAAGCUUAUUUUGACUGUUUACGCUAAGCACCAGCAAAUACAACUAUAUAUGUAUACUGGCUUUCUUUUCAACAUGCUUUUUUCUGUUCUGUUCUUUUAUUUGUAUUAUUAUUAUUAUUAUUAAUAAUAAUACGUCUUAUUUAUAUAGCGCCUUUGAAAAAGCAGUACAGUAAUCUACAGACAGUACAAUAACACAUUGUACAGGUGUAUUUUUGCCAUGUUUAUUGUGUCUUAUGUUCUCCUUUUGUUUAGUCUGAAGCACCUCCUAGUGAUGCAUAGUGUAGGGAAAUCUGCAACUGCACUUUAUAUGUUGUUUUGCGUAGUUAGUGGGAAUCAAGCCAUGCAAAUCCGAUUUACGUGUUGUGUUUAUGUUUUCUUUUACAAAAUGAUACUGUAACUUAUGACACAAUAUUAAUGCUUUUUAUUAAGGCUCUUUGGAGGAGACUAAUUUCUAUAAUUUUUUAAUAAAGCAAUAUUUUCUUAUAGGUGAGACAGCUUGGAAAUCUGUACUGUAUUGUAUAUUGUAAUUUUGCUGAAUAUGUGUAUUUUUUUAAAUAAAUAUUUUAUCUAUUA